CUGAACUUGCCGAGUGUCUCGAGACACUCACUCCGCACAGUCGCGUUGUAUAGUUGCUUCGAUUAGGACGUGUGGUUCGCUCAAGCGUACGUUACAGCUUCGACGAUGCGCAACAUGGAUUAUUCAAAAGGUCGACUAAGCAUUCUGUGGCUGUUGGUAUUGUGCCUACUGCUAUUCAAAACAGGAUCCACAGAGGCACAAAACAAACGAACCUCCCACGUUACCAACUCUCGUAGUUUUGGCACCAACGUCAAGCCCAUCAACUCCAAUGGCCUUAGCUUCGAAUGUCCCGAGGAGUUCGGCUACUACCCGCAUCCCUCUGACUGCACCCAAUACUAUGUGUGCGUUUUCGGAGGAGCUCUGCUCGAGAGCUGCACUGGAGGUCUGAUGUACUCGCACGAGCUGCAGACGUGCGAUUGGCCGCGGAACGUGGGCUGCGAAUUGUUGGACACAUCCUCGGAUCGCGGCCCCGCACGUAGUCAGAGCCAGAGUCAACCACACAGCCAAGCGCAGCAUGUGCCCAGCCGGGUGCGCUUCGGUGCCGCAUUCAGCAGCCCGGCCGGCGCGCAGAAGGCGCCCACGGUAGCACCGCAGUAUCAUCGCUCACCGCCACAGGUUAUUCAGGCACAGGUGCAGCACAUACCGCCUCCGCCACCAGAACUACGAGUUCCACCCAACCCGGUGAUCACAUCGCGUGGUCAACCGAAACCUUUGAUCAAUUCCCAAGAGGACAUAGCAAAGCUUUAUACAGAUGCACAAGAGACGUUGCCGCCAGUGGAAGAAGAGGAGUCCGAUCGCCAGCAGAGAGUGUAUCGCGGCCAACCCAGUACCGUUAGUCAAGUGCAACGUGAUCGUGAUGGUAUUAUUCACCAAGCCAGUAUCAAUGCCAUCCCUCAAUCAGGAAAAAUUGGAUCGUAUGCAUUUGGAACAGCUUACAGAGAAAGCUUGGACAACGACCAGACGUUAGACUACGAACUGUCCAGCAACCGACUCAAUAAAGGUAGGCAACGCAAACGCCGCGACCUUGAAGCCCUAGUCAUGGAAGCUGUGCCCACAGAGAUCAAAGAAAGUAGGAGUUCCAAUGAAUCUCACAUUUCAAUAGAAUCUGUGAAGCCCAAUAGCCCCACAACACUUCCGGAUAGUAGCGAAAUUGCGAGCUCCAACAAUGCAAAAGAACGCUAUGAUGACGAAACACCGACUAUCACUAAUCCACGUAAAUACUCUUCAAAGAUCAGUCAAGAUGUUGGCCAGCCCGCAAUGGAAUUUCAAUACGAAGAAAUAGCUGAUGAGGGUGAAGAAUUGUUAGAUGAAGAUAGAGACGAGGAUGAUGUGGCUACGAACGAGUCAAAGAGGCGACCCCGCCAGUUACGUCCCGUUUCAAAGUGGCCGAGACAAAACUACCGUGCCAUCGGCGCAGCCCCUCCUUCACAGUACACUCAGCAAACUGGGUACAGUUUCGGAAAUUACAAUCCUUUCCUCACGCCCCCCAAUCCUGCGCUUAACCAACCUACAUAUGGCAAUCACAACUAUAAUGGGCUCAGUCCCGGCUACCACGCGUAUCAGCACCAGGAGCAGCAAGUGGGUCCACCUGGUUCACUUCUCCAGCAAAAGCCAAAAGUGGUCUACACUGGCUACAACCUGUCGUUGCCCCCACCAACGCUGGAAGAUGACUUUCGACCCAUUUCAGGCAGCUUUUAUGGAGCUGCAGGCACAGAUCCCAGUAGUCCACGACCCCCAAAAAAUCUGCCACAGCAUUCCGGCAUGGCUGAUUUGCUGCCCUACCUGAUACAACAGCUAAAAGAGUUAAAGGAACGGCGCAAGCAUCUCCAGGCAGAAAACUUUGCAUACUUUCAUCUGGACAAUAAGCCCGUGAGCCCAGCCCCCGUUGCAGGGACAACGGCUAUUCCCACAGCCAGCUCCACCCACUACCUUUCAUUAGACCCAAAGACCACACAGCAAGUUACUCCAAACUUUCAGUACAGCACGAUGGGUGGGUUUUUCAACAACCAGAAACCUGACCAAAGCCCCUACACUUCCAACUACCCAAACAAGUUGGUUUCCCAGUACAGCAUUGGCACUGCUGACAGACAACGCAGCACGACGGAGAGCAACUACUUUCAGUAUAACUUUGAAGCCAACCAGAAAAUGAAGGGCGUCUUUAGCACCAUAGCGCCGAAUCAGAUCGGUCCUGCUGCCGUCAAAGUGAGGCCUCCUGUGACGCCGCUGCAGGUGACCCAGAGCAUUAAAGUGAUAUCGGCCCCAAAUUUGGCCUUCAACAGACCCAAUAGUCUGCAGCAGGUUCCGUUUCGUGACUUUUCGCACACUCCCGUAGGCAUUACCUACGCCAGCAACAACACGGUGCCAGAGUCCUAUCAGACCUUCACCAAAUCAAUCGUCACCACGGAGGCGCCUCUUCGCGAUGUGCCCAAAACUACGACAAAGGCGACGAAUUUUCAGUUCAACAUUCAGGAGUUUAUGGCCAACCUUAAGGCCAGCGAUCUGGCUAAUGUUAAUCCAGUUGUAAAACCGUUGAUCAAGUACUUUAAGCCGGACGGUAGUAAUGUAAAUGAGAAUGGUAACCUGCGUAAUGCGCUGAUUUUUCGUCGACCUACAGCAGACAAUUCAAGUUCAACCAGCAGCACGACUUCAACCACCCAAAUCUCUACUACAUCGAGUCCGUUGGCUUCCAAAACACGCCUUAGAGGCAAGACCACUGUGCCCACGCCUGUCACUCCGACUACAACUAAAGCUCUGAAGGGCUACGAGAAUUUUAUCAAGGGCAUACAGAACCAACUCAACAAGCAAAAGUCUAGUCAAAGUCCCGCCUCCAACUCAACAAACACCACUCUGCCGACAACCACGACAUUUGAGAGCGUCGACUAUUAUGAUGAGGAUUACGAAGAGGAUGAGGACAUACAACCUCCGUCUCAAAUGCCUCCUUAUAUGCCUAUGUCUGAGACUAUGGCCCCUCCCCGGCCACAGUUUGUUACAGCUGCUCCUAUUACUGAGUCGCCAGGAAAACUACGACAAAACUUCCAGACGGGAUUCCUGGAGGCAACGACCACCCGACGUCCGUUUCCCAAUUUCUCACAGCUAAGCCAACCAACUGCCGAGGCCGGUGUGCCUUCAUUCAUUAGUUUUCCUAGCGACAUCUUCCAGGAACUCAAGCAGCGGCUACCUCAGCUCCCAGAGUCUAACACUGAGCACACUACUACUAAAGUAUCCACCACCCCAAGUAACUUGCGUCCAACCUCCAAUCCAAGGCCAAUAUCCUCCAGCAAGGUUCCGCCAACAUCUCGAACACGUUAUGUAACGCGAACACGUACAAGAGGACAACAAAAAUGGAUGACGAUGACACCGGGCCAGGGAGAACAGGGCAAAAAGGCGCUUACCGACAAUGACCCUGGCAUUUUAGGUUCCAGCAAGCAGAUCAGCUUGGGCGGCCUACAAAAAAACUCUGUACAUGUCAGCUCAGGCGCACAAAGACACAGAGUUGAGUCAUCCUCACCGUCAUCACUAGGGGCUCCGCAACUCGCUAAUAUAUUUGUACAGCCUACGCAAAAAACUCCAUUGCCACAUUUAGAGCCCAAUCCAAACUACUACAAUGCAUCCACAUUUAAUCACGGGGGCGGCUACCAAUCACCGCAGCAGCAACAGCAGCAGCAACAACAGCUACAGCCAACACCAUUCCAACAAGCGCAACCGCAACAACAGAAACAUCAGCAGCAGGCACAAGCUCCUCCACAUCCCUAUGAUUCACCAUAUUAUUCUGUUUACGACGACGAUAUCGAUUUGUAUAGGGAUGUAGAGUACCAACAGCAGCAGCAAGAAGAUCAGCAGCCAACAGCACCGCCCCAGUAUCAGCCAACAGGGCGCCAACAGGUCCCGCACUCCACCUACCGACCAUUAGAGCUAUCGGCCACUCCGACACCCCCGCAAAAGCAGUCUUACGGUAGCCAUCCAAGUUUGACCUACUCUACGGACUACGAGGAAAGCAUUAAUACGCAGAUCGAGCAGGAAAAUAUGUACGAUCAACCGACACGUUCACCCCAAAGGGCAGAACAGAUGGUCGUACAAAAGCUGGAUACACGUGUUACUCCUUCGAGUCCUUCAUCCUCAACGACGCCGGCCUCCAGACCUAACGUUCCUAACCACUACGACACGCUUACCACAUUUUAUGCUUCGGAUCUCGGGCCAGCCGACUAUAGUUACUCCACUUCCGCAGAGUACACUUAUGGGUCAGCAGAGGACUACGACCAAAGCGAACGCACACUGACUAGAGCCAAGCCAAGGCCCGUCACCGAUACGGAUGAUAAUGAUCUGAACAACAAUGUUGUGGGUCCUACCGGCAAGACCACAACGGUGCCACCAACUAGAUCACAAAACACAAAAGCAACGUCAGCACCUAGCCAGAGCCCGACCAAGAGUUCCUUCACCUCCACACAAACUAUUAAGGUCACAAAAUCCACAACAACAACCACGCCAUUUCCACCACCUACAACAAAAAAACUUUCAAGCUCGAAAUCGCAUGAAAAUAAACCAUAUAAGCAAAAUGUUCCCAAACAGUUAAAGACAACUACACAAGCUUCCAGGACCCUAUCCACUAUAACGUCCAGCUCCACACCUUCCCCGAAAUCCACGUCCUAUACUUCCAAUCCCUUUCUAAAAUUAAAACUGCAAAGUCUUGCCAAGUCGGUGGUUAGCAUUGUCUCAAAGAGCCAACCCAAAGAAAAUUCAACAGGUUUCCGCCAAGUUCAAAACAUUACAAACUCCAAUCGCCAGCCCACCGUUCUUGAAAUAUUUGCUGACCAACUUCCUGCUCAACUCUUAUCCCCGAUCCCCCCACUCUCGACAACACAAUGGCCCCUGGUGGAGGACAGCUCAGGCAGUGGUCAAUCGGAGCACGUUGAGACUAUCUCUGAAGAGAGUCAAAACGUUCUUGUGCAGACGGUCGAGCCGCCGAGGAGUCGGUCCCUAGAAACUAGUACGCCGCCAAAGUUCUUGGACUUUAUCAAUGCCGCCGCUUACGGUACCAGUCCUCGUGGGAAUCUGCUAAAUUCAAUGCCGGAUAAACUUGGGAACAGGGAAAUGGCAUAUCCCGACCGAGAAUAUUCAUUUGAGGCAAAUCCAGAACCAGUUCCAAAGCGCAAACGAAUUCAGACCUACAUCACUUCCGAUGUGACACCACAGAGUUUUAAAGUUCCAACAAACGGCGAAGUGAGACCACCACCAGAUGAAAUGGAAAGCGCAAGUACAACUAGACCCAAUAAGCCAAUUCAAUAUAGUAUUCAAAGUGGAUCGCAUGGCUUUAGUUUGCGUGCUGAGCAAAACGAAAGCAAACGUAAUACGUCUGAUCCAAUUUUGGCAGAGAAGAAUAGUCUGCCGUCCACCACAACCACAACUAGCACAACAAAACCAGUUGACUUAGCUGAACAGUAUGCGGACAUCAUACCCACAACAUAUGCCCCACCAUUUCGAAUUUGGCGAAAUGGACGACCCACCAUUCAACAGGCAUUUUAUAGAGCAACAGCCGCGAGUUUUAGCUCAACUACUAGUACCAGUACAAGUACAUUACCGCCCACCACAUCUGAUAAUAAUGAUGCUGCUGACAGCACGAUAAGGAGCACUACAACGUCUAAGCCUAACACUGAUCGGUAUAUUGUACCGUCGCCAAGUUACACGGCCCGCAUUAAUCACUUUAAAGAUAAUAUAAAUCGCGUUACUGCCAGCCCGGCGAUGCGUUAUGUCUCCCCGUAUAAAAGCCUGGAAAACUUACUCCAGGAAGACCGGCAGCAUCAGCACCACCAACUUAGGACAACUUCCAGGCCGCGCUAUACUAAUUCUCCCGCCUUUCCGAACUUCCUUCAGACUACUUUGAAGCCGUCAAAGAAUUUUUUGAUGAUAACAUCAAUUAAAAAUACUAGUCAGGAUGUACUGGCCACCAUGGCGACAGGAAACGCACGUAACUUUAGCGUAAGCGACGCUAUACUCAGCACAUUCAGUCACCAGCGACCGCCGCCAAGUACGCUUCGAAGCACAAACAAGACAACACAAUUUACCACCACCACGGAACCAUCACGCCCAGAAACUAUCACUUCUGUUACCGCAACAAUGGGCUCCACCGUAAUCGCAUCUUUGCCUAUUCGCGUAUCACAAUCUCCAAUGAGUCCUCGUGGCCGGUCACGCUAUACCGCGGCCACUUUAAACAGUCUCGGAGAGAGUUUGGACGAGCCCACGACGUAUGCGCCCAAGAUUAGAAAACCUACUGGAGAUAAUCUCAGUCCGUACCCAAAACGCAAGCCGCAACGCGCUCGUGUAAUCAACAGUCAAAGAACUUCAUUUGGGGAGUCAACAGCAAAGCCAAAUGAAAAAUAUGAAGUUUACAAAGCGUCAUUGCAGUCUAAGGAUUCCGGUUACGUCACCCAAAGUGAGAAGUUCCUAAAGCGUAAACCAAUUGAGAAUGAAUCCAUCAUUGCGGAUGAGCCAAGAGCUGAAGCUUUAGUCAGCCAACCAAUUAAUACCAAACAACAGAACAGUAUAGAAGAAGCUGGUUCUGCUAUAGCCUACAGCUCAACAGAACAUGUGUUGGCGAUAACAGACCGCCCAACUGCCAAGUUUCUUUACUCUAACAAAUACCGACAGAAAACGGCGGAAAGCACUCUGGCAGAGAGUCUUCAGAACGCCGGAUACAUUGCGUCUACCAAUGGGCCAGCAGAGAAGUUCCGAUCAGCAAACGUCCUUGAACAUCUAAGGCAGUUUCUUGCCGGCAGCGACAGCUACAGCAACAGCGAUGAAAGCGGCACAUCCCAAUUCGUUGACGAAUAUGCACUGCCUGAGGUCGAAAUCGCUGAGAUCAAGGAUCUAUUCCUGCUUCCGGAUCGACCAGCAACCACAACAUUAAAAUCGAUCACGACACUGCGUCCUGCCACUAUGCCUAAUGCCCCGCCAUCUUUAGAUCAGUCCACUAUAGGAAAUGUUAACGCGUUAAUGCGACAAUUACCAAAUCAAUCCAAAGCAUACAUCUCUCCCUCUACACCAAGCGUCUUGGGUGACAAUUCUACCACAACCGAAAGAACAAUUCCAAACACUAACAAUAUAAGUACCACAAAAACCCCAAAUGCAACACCAGUUUCCCCGACCUCCUCCCCCACAAUCGCCAAUGCCACAGCUACACCCUCCUCGUUUACACAACACAUUGCGCGCGCUUCGAGGGUUAACAAUAUCAUAAAGUCGUCGAUUGCUGCCGCUGGCCUAAGCCCUAGCACCCCAAUUAAUCAACCACCAGGUUUACCGGGAAAAGCCGAAAAGUUCCAGUUCGGCUUUGCUCCCAAAACUAAAAACCACCAUACAAGCAGCAUCAACCAUAAUGGCGCCGCAGCAUCAGCCUCGGUGAAGUGCUCCGAUAGCACACUGAACGCCAAAUGCAACGAGAUCCCUUUAAGAAACAACAAUAGAAACCGGGGAAGUGCCAUGUACGCAAAUCAGGAUCGAGAUGUGGCGAACCGUGGAACUCACCCUCCACGAACACGUCCUACACUAAAACCUUCGGGCACCAUCGUUUCAAAGGCACAAGAGUUUGUGGACAUAUACAGAAACCCUCCGACUCGGCCCGACCCCAUUUAUCCGCAGCCCACGCCCGAUAAAACGGCAGCCAAGUGCAGAAAGGACGUAUGUCUUUUACCAGACUGUUAUUGUGGAGGAAAGGAAAUACCUGGAGACCUACCCGUUGAUAGCAUCCCUCAGAUCGUUCUCUUGACCUUUGAUGAUUCCGUAAAUGACUUAAACAAGCAGUUGUACACAGACCUCUUUGAGAAGGGUCGCGUCAAUCCCAACGGGUGUCCCAUCACAGCCACUUUUUACGUCUCCCAUGAGUGGACUGAUUACAGUCAGGUGCAGAAUCUCUACGCCGAUGGACAUGAAAUGGCUUCGCAUACAGUUUCUCACAGCUUUGGCGAGCAGUUCUCGCAGAAAAAAUGGACUCGUGAAAUUGCCGGUCAGCGCGAGAUUCUUGCUGCUUACGGCGGUGUAAAGUUGUCAGAUGUGCGAGGCAUGCGCGCACCUUUUCUAUCCGUGGGCGGAAACAAAAUGUAUAAAAUGCUAUACGACUCAAACUUUACGUACGACUCUUCCAUGCCUGUCUAUGAGAACAAACCACCCUCCUGGCCCUACACACUGGACUACAAGAUAUUCCACGAUUGCAUGAUUCCGCCCUGCCCGACCCGCUCCUACCCAGGGGUAUGGCAAGUACCUAUGGUUAUGUGGCAGGACUUGAACGGAGGCCGAUGCUCGAUGGGCGACGCCUGUUCUAAUCCCAGUGAUGCGGACGGUGUAACCAAAAUGAUUAUGAAAAACUUUGAACGUCAUUACACUACUAACAGAGCACCUUUCGGACUGUUUUACCACGCCGCUUGGUUUACCCAACCUCACCAUAAGGAGGGCUUUAUCAAAUUCCUUGACACCAUCAAUGCCAUGAAGGAUGUAUGGGUCAUAACAAACUGGCAAGCGCUGCAAUGGGUGCGGGAUCCUACACCGACAUCUCGCAUUAACUCAUUCCAGCCGUUCCAGUGCGAUUACUCGGAUCGGCCAAAACGGUGCAACAACCCGAAAGUCUGUAAUUUGUGGCAUAAGUCUGGCGUCCGAUAUAUGAAAACGUGUCAGCCCUGCCCCGACAUCUAUCCGUGGACUGGAAAAUCCGGAAUAAGGUCUUCUCGCAUUGAUAAUGAAGUUGAAGAAACUGCGGCGUAAAACUCAACAUCUCCAGUCUAGCAUGGACUAGGACCUUAGGCUAGCAAUAGGCAAGAAGGAAUACUCAGCCAUUUAAGAUGUCGAAAUGUUAAAGCCACUUAUCAUACGAGCUCAAAAUACGGAAUUCACUCGUUAAAUGUUUUCAUUUAAUUUAAUAUGUUUAGAUAAUUUCUAUAAACGACUUUAGUUAAUUUUUUGGAGCAUGUUACUACAAAUUAUUUAUUCUCUUUUCCUUACUCAAUACCUAUUUGGAAAUUCCUAUAGAUUUUACGUAUACGGAUAUUCUUGAAGUUGCUCACGCAUUCGCAACACGAUCCUUGUAAACGUAAAUCAAUUAGGCAUACGAUUAUUAAGUACUAAUAUAUUGCGUGUUUGGUGCACCGAGUCCUUCGACAUGAUGCAACAUUCAAUAGGAUUUUGAUGCACCGAAUUCAUGGUUUCAUUCCAGGCCGCAUUUAGAUAUAAGGCUAAUAUAUUUUUUCGUUUAACGUGUGAUAAAGAGUUAUAGCUGAAUUUAUGUAUUAUUAGAUAUGCGCAAGCCUUUGGUCAAGUCUUUCCUUUUCCGUUUUUCUUUUAAAUGCCGAAGUUUUUGCUACAAAAGUUAAAGUUACGUCGAACCCAAGAUUAUAUUGGAAUUAGGUGCAUCGGAAUAGAAAAGUUGUAUUAAAUUUCAAGGCAUUUCAGCGUCAUUUUUACGAAUAUAUACCAUUUUUUAAAUCAAAAACUACGAUUAACACUUUCAUAUGACCUUUUUCAGUCGCCUUAAAAGUAAAACAUACUAAGUAAAAUAUUUUAAAUCCAUGAAUUCAAUAGACAAGUAAAAUUCUUAGACAUUACAACUAGAUAUCCAAUGGCAGUAUGUAUCUGGACAUGUCAAACGAAAAAAAGUCUAGAAAUUUUUAAGUCGGAACGAUUGCCAAUACUUAAAAGUUCUUCAGAGAAAUAAAUAACAUGAAUUCACUUUAAUGAAUCGAAGUUCAAAUUUAUGUACUAUGUAAGGUAUGCGAAAAUAUAAAGUGUAUUCAACUUAAACUAAGGAAAGCUGAUAACCGCAGCGGUAAAUCAUAUAUUAUAAGGAAAUAUAUAGAUAGGGAGCUACACUACACUCAGCAGGGCGCAAUAUAAGAAAGUUUUCGGAGAAACGAGUGAAUUAAGUAUUUUGUGCUAGUGUUUCUAAGAACAAUUAACCUAUGUUUCUCGAAUCUACGAAUAGUUUACAUGUAAUAAAAUGUAAUAUUUAAA